AUGUCAAACGUUGAAGCAUUGAAUCAGAAAUGGAACAAGAAAGGAGUGUCAGUGAAGUCGGACGCACAGCAUAAUGGAAUGCCAUUUGUUCAGUUGGAGACAGUGUCAUCAUCGUGUUUGGUAUACUUGCAUGGUGCACAUGUAACUUCAUUCAAGACCAAUGGUAACGAACACUUCUUCAUGAGUGAGAAGUCCGUCUACGAACCAUUCAAAGCACUACGUGGUGGUAUCCCCUUGAUCUUCCCUCAGUUUGGUGCCGGCAAGAUACAGACACAUGGAUUCGCCAGAAACAUGCAAUGGAGUAUAAAGACAACGUUCGUGGACGAGAUGAGGGGAUCGGUUGGAGUGGAGUUUGAGUUGGUGGACGAUGACUACUCGCGCAAGAUAUGGCCAUGCUCAUUCCAUGCCGUGUACUGCAUCACAUUGCACAAGGAUCGCUUGGAGCUCAGCUUUGCAACAAAGAACACUGAUCACAAAGCCUUUGACUUCCAGCUGGCCCUUCACACAUACUUUGCCAUCUCCAACAUCCAGAACGUGCGUGUCGAUGGCCUGCACGGCUACAGCUACAUUGACAAGAUGAAGAAUGCAGAGAUCGACGUGGAGAAACGCCAGAGCGUAACGAUCCAGGAGGAGACGGAUCGCGUCUACCUCAACACCAACACCAGCCAGCCUCUGCUCCUGAUCGAUGAUCACAACAAGAGUCGCAUCACUCUUCAGUCACAGGCCAACUUGAACGACGCCGUCGUCUGGAACCCCUGGAUCGAGAAAGCCAAGCGCAUGGAAGACUUUGGCGAUCUCGAGUACCCCAAGAUGAUCUGCAUUGAGGCGGGCGUCAUUGACAAGCCUGCCAUCCUCGAGCCUGGCCAAUCCUUCCAGACCACUCACGUCAUCAUCCCCUCCAACAAUCAUUCGCCAUCACUCUAG